AUGGCCAUAGCUCGUGAGGGUCCCAAAGCAAGCUCUGGGAAUCGUUCGAAGCAGCCUCGUUCCACAAGACCGAGCAUGUUGUUGCGAAAUCAAGCUCUUAGAAGUGGCAAUCCACAGAAGCGGAAAGAACCACAAGAAAGGAAGACGACGCGUGAACCAAGAAUUGAUGAGGGCCGGGCCCCCCCCGCAUCCAACAUCUCUCGGAUUCUGGGACUGACGAAACAAAUAGAUUCGAGGCGAGCAGACGCGCCAAGAGAGAAAGACGAUGACUCGUAUGAAGCGCUUGAUGAUGAAAUGGAAGAAUCGAUUUCCAUUAGAGGUGAUGCAGUCAGAAAAGGCUCCUUGAGAAGACAGAAAUUUACUGCUGUCCGCCGGGUUGCCAACAGAUCCUUCAAAAUUCAUAAACCCCCCGAUGAAUGGAAGCCGAUGACAGAAGAGGAGAUUGCUAAAGUGCGAUCAGAUGGGCGUUCUAUUGGAGGAGGACGCGUGGGAAGUUCAAAAGGAAAGGGUAUUGUGGCAAACUGUCAGACUUGCCGCGGCAGUGGACUUGACACUUGUUCGGCUUGUCUAGGAAGCGGUUGGGUACCACCGCUAGAUAAAAUUGGUAUGUCAGAAUCUCGAAAAGAGCUUCUAGAGAAGAUAUGGAAUCGUCCUAAUCUUUGCGUCGACAACUAUGGGGAAGCCCAAUGCAUUUUAUGCAACGGGAUCGGAAAACAGUUUUGCGACUCAUGCAAGGGUUCUGGAUCGGCGCUGAGGAAGGGGUUCAGCCUGUCUGAGAAGAGGGAAAUUUUCGACUUCGAUGACCCCGAAGAGGAUGACUCUUGCCUCGGAGAAGACGAGGAUGCGGAUAUUGAUGAAGAUGACGUUGACGAGUAUGAAGAAGAUGAAGAAGAAGAGUAUCAGUUAUAUACUGGGCCAGAGGAAUCGUUUAAUUUCCAUCGUACGUCCACUUCUUUCAACUCUGAAACAGGUGAUGGGGACGAGAGUGACGAUGAUCUAAGGAUUGGCAAUGAAGAUGAAUUAGAAGUGGACGAUGAAUCUGCAGAGUUGCUAGCAACCUUAGAGGCGAUGCACCUUGCUGAUUUAGAAGAAAGAGGCUCGGAACGCAUGGGAGAUCGGAAACGGAGGAGUGAAGUUAACGAUAGAGCUAGAGACGCUCGUGACGCUGGGUUUGACCUGGACAUAGAAAGCGACGAAAUAAUGGAUGAUGUGAGUGGUGAACACGGGAUUGAGGAGAAUAUGAAGAUGACAGAGCUCGAUGAUGAAGACGACUUAGAUGAUGACUUGGAUGAGGAGGACGACGAUUUGGAUAACGACGAUGACGAUGACCUGGACGACGAGGACGAGGACGAUUUGGAUGACGACAUUGACGACGACCGAAUAGUUAACGAGAUUGAAAGCAGAGGUCUUGAACUGAAUCUCGAUGACGUUUCCGAGGAUGACGACGAGCUUGAAUGA